UUCUGCGCCGCGUCCCUCUUCCUUCAGUCCCGCCGCUUGUCCCCGACCAGAGGUGACCUCCUAGAAGGGGAGGUCCCCAAACUCGAGGCCCUGCGUGUAAGGAAGGGGAGCGCCCGCCCCUUCCCCGCCGCCGCGAGCGCCCCGGGAGGGGACCGGGGCUGCCGUCCCUCCGCCUCUUCCCCCGCGGGGCGAAGCGAUGGCCCGGGCCGGAGCCGGGGCGCUGCUGGCGCUUUGGGUGCUCGGGGCCGCCGCGCAUCCGCAGUGCCUGGACUUCAGGCCGCCCUUCCGGCCGCCGCAGCCGCUGCGCCUCUGCGCGCAGUACUCGGACUUCGGCUGCUGCGAUGAGGGGCGCGACGCCGAGCUGACCCGCCGCUUCUGGGCCCUGGCGAGCCGCGUGGACGCCGCCGAGUGGGCCGCGUGCGCCGGCUACGCGAGGGACCUGCUGUGCCAGGAAUGCUCGCCGUAUGCAGCCCACCUCUAUGACGCCGAGGACCCAUUCACGCCCCUGCGCACGGUGCCCGGGCUGUGCCAGGACUACUGCCUGGACAUGUGGCAUAAGUGCCGGGGGCUGUUCCGUCACCUCUCAACUGACCAGGAGCUCUGGGCACUGGAGGGCAACCGUGCCAGGUUCUGCCGCUACCUGUCCCUGGAUGACACGGACUACUGCUUCCCUUACCUGCUGGUCAACAAGAACCUCAACUCAAACCUGGGCCACGUGGUAGCCGAUGCCAAGGGCUGCCUGCAGCUGUGCCUGGAGGAGGUGGCCAACGGGCUGCGCAACCCCGUGGCCAUGGUCCAUGCCAGGGAUGGCACCCACCGCUUCUUCGUGGCCGAGCAGGUGGGGCUGGUGUGGGCCUACCUGCCCGACCGCUCGAGGCUGGAGAAGCCUUUCCUGAACAUCAGCCGGGCGGUGCUCACCUCGCCCUGGGAGGGUGACGAGCGCGGCUUCCUGGGCCUUGCCUUCCACCCCAGCUUCCGGCACAACCGCAGGCUCUACGUCUACUACUCAGUGGGUAUCCGCAGCAGUGAGUGGAUCCGCAUCAGCGAGUUCAGAGUCUCUGCGGAUGACAAGAACGCCGUGGACCACAGCUCUGAGAGGGUAAUCCUGGAGGUCAAAGAACCAGCCUCAAACCACAACGGGGGCCAGCUGCUUUUCGGGGAUGACGGGUACCUCUACAUCUUCACUGGAGAUGGCGGGAUGGCCGGAGACCCCUUUGGGACAUUUGGAAAUGCCCAAAACAAGUCGGCGCUGCUGGGCAAGGUGCUGCGCAUCGACGUGGACCGUAAGGAGCGCGGCCUUCCCUACGGCAUCCCGCCCGACAACCCGUUCGUGGGCGACCCCGCGGCGCAUCCCGAAGUCUACGCCCUGGGCGUGCGCAACAUGUGGCGCUGCUCCUUCGACCGUGGCGACCUCUCCUCGGGCGCUGGCCGCGGGCGCCUCUUCUGCGGCGACGUGGGCCAGAACAAGUUCGAGGAGGUGGACCUGGUGGAGCGCGGCGGCAACUAUGGCUGGCGCGCGCGCGAAGGGUUCGAGUGCUACGACCGCAGCCUGUGCGCCAACUCCUCCCUCAAUGACUUGCUGCCGAUUUUCGCCUACCCGCACACGAUUGGCAAGUCGGUCACAGGGGGCUACGUGUACCGGGGCUGCGAGUACCCCAACCUGAACGGCCUCUACAUUUUUGGGGAUUUCAUGAGCGGGCGUCUGAUGUCCCUCCAAGAGAACCCAGGGACAGGCCAGUGGCAGUACAGUGAGAUCUGCAUGGGCCACGGCCAGACCUGUGAGUUCCCAGGCCUCAUCAACAACUACUACCCAUACAUCAUCUCCUUCGGGGAGGACGAGGCUGGGGAGCUGUACUUCAUGUCGACAGGGGAGCCGAGUGCCACAGCUCCACGCGGGGUUGUCUACAAAAUUAUUGACCCAUCCAGGCGGGCACCACCUGGCAAAUGUCAGAUCCAGCCUGCUCAGGUGAAGAUCAGAAGCCGCCUCAUCCCCUUUGUGCCCAAAGAAAAGUUCAUCCCGAAGACACGGAGCACCCCGCGGCCUACAGCGCGGGCGCCCACGCGGGCGCCCCGCCGAGGGCGCCCCACGGCCGCUCCACCCGCGCCCACCCCGCGGCCAGCGCGGUCCACCCAGCAGCCAGGGAGCCGGAGGGGCGGCGGGCGGCGGCGGGGGCGGCUGAACUCGGCGAGCCGGGCGUUCCGGGAUGGUGAGGUGCGCCUGGUGCGGCCCGCGGGCCUGAGCUCUGGCAGCGGGCGCGUGGAGGUGUUCGUGGGCGGACGCUGGGGCACCGUGUGCGACGACUCCUGGAACAUCAACGGCGCCGCCGUUGUGUGUCGCCAGCUGGGGUUUGCCUACGCCGUGCGCGCCGUCAAGAGCGCCGAGUUCGGCCAGGGCGGCUCGCUGCCCAUUCUGCUGGACAAUGUGCGCUGCGCGGGCUGGGAGCGGAACCUGCUGGAGUGCCAGCACAACGGCGUGGGCACCCACAACUGCGAGCACGACGAGGAUGCGGGUGUCGUGUGCAGCCACCAGAACCCCGACCUGUAGGCAACACGCCGCUGCCCCCAGGCCAUCCCGCCGGCGGGGGAGCCUGGCAGGGGCCGCUCCACCCUGUGUGCGCCCAGCGGGUGCACACGCGUUCUAGAGUGAAGGGGGUGCGAGUGUGUGCUGUCCUGGGGACAUGUGUGAGGCGCUGCAGUGCAUGUGUGUCCUCUGCAGAUCCAAGGCAGGAGUGUGUGUUGGGGACGGUGUGGGUCUGGGAGUGCAUGGUCCAUCAUGGGCCGGAGGAGUUCCUUUCUUACCUCCAAGCAUUCCAGACACCAGCAGGAACAGCAACCGGGCUGUGGGACCCUGAGGAGGGAGGACAGCCAGGCUUCGAGGACGGACAUGGCCCCUGGCUGUGCUAACAGAGGCACAGCUUGCAGACUGAGGGCGGUGGGGGGAACCAGGCUUGUCCUGCCCACAGCUGGAAUGGAAAGUGCCAGAACAGCUGGAGGGUGGCCUGAGAAAUGUGGCCCAGAGAGCAUGGCCUGGUGCCUGCAUCCCCCCACCCCCGCCCCCGCCCCCGGCAGUCAGAGGCGCUGGAGAGAACUGGAAGGCAUCCAGUGGGGAAGGGAAAG